AUGACACAGUUGAAUCUUAGCAGUUGUAAGAAAAGGAAGAGAGGGGGAAGGGCCUUUGGGUUCAAGACAUUCUGUGAAGCUGGAUACCCAGUAGAAUUUAAUGGCUUAUUUCAUCAAAACAUCAAAACAUUACUUGAAUUAGGAAGUCCUGAGACCAAUUUAUGCAGUGGAAUGCAAAGCUGGUCUUUCCAACUUGAACUCCAUCGCCAUCCUCUGGUCCAUAUCUCACUGUUGAUCAUCGAAGAACCAAUCGAGGCAUCCGCUCGCCCUCAUUGCAAUCACUGCCUGUACGUGGGUUGGGGACACCACAUGAUUUGCAACAAGAAGUUUCACUUUGUUGUGCCCUCCAAAGAAAUUGCAACAUCACAACCCACAUCUUUGAGCCAUGGAGGUAAUUGCAGAGGAUCAGAUGCAACCACAACAAUGAAGUCAAAUUUGAUAGAGCAACACAGCCACCUUAUGCAUGGGGUCUUGCACAUGAAUGGGUUUGGGCAUUUGCUCUGUAUCAAUGGUGUGGAGAAGGGCUCAGAGUUGGCUGGGCAUGAGAUUAUGGACUUAUGGGAUAGAAUUUGUACCGGAUUAAGAGUAAGGAAGGUGAGCCUAACUGACGUUGCAAGGAAGAGAAACAUGGACUUGAGGUUGAUCCAUGGUGUGGCUUAUGGUGAGCCAUGGUUUAGUCGUUGGGGCUACAGAUUCGGGCAUGGAAGCUUUGGUGUUACUCAACUAAUGUACCAGAAAGCUAUAGAAGCAAUUCAAGGAAUGCCCUUAUGCCUACUUGUUCAUCACCUUGGAAGCUCAAAUCAUGAAAUUCCAGUCAUUCUCCAUAGAUAUCAAAUGAUGUCUAGUAGUUCUCUGCUUACACUAGGCCAUCUAUUCCAUUUCAUGUUACAACUGAAGUCCCACCUUCCACAGGAGAAAAACAAGGCUUCUGAUAACUCUAGCAUUGUAUUCGACACCGCUUCUCGGUGGUCUCCAAAGCGAGUUGAAAUGGCGGCUCAGGUUAUUGUUGAUGCACUAAGAAAGGCAGAGAACAGAUGGGUCUCAAGGCAGGAAGUUAGAGAUGCCGCCCGUGUAUACAUUGGUGACACAGGUUUAUUAGACUUUGUGUUGAAGUCACUAGGAAACCAUAUUGUGGGGAAUUACAUUGUUCGCCGGAGUGUAAAUCCGGUGACUAAAGUUCUUGAGUAUUGCUUGGAGGAUAUCUCUUGUUCUUUGCCUAAUCAAGCUAAUUUGUCUCAAAUCAAUCAAUGUGGUCAGCUUAAGAGGCUUCAACUCAUGAAAGAUAUCUUCUAUUUGUACAAGUACAUCCUCAAUGAGCAAAGACCAGCAGCAUUGGUUACUAGGAUGUUCACAGCCAUCCCUGUGGCUGCAAGGAUAAUUCUUGACACCAAACAUCUUAUUAAAGACUAUGGAGGAGAGUUAUGUCCUAAUACUGGUCAUGGUGAAAAUUUAAUGGUUUUGUGCACAAUUUGUUUGAAUGACAAGGUAGAGACCAAUGAAGGUAUGAUGAAGGCCUUGCCACCACAUGAAGUUAUCGUUUUGCCGGCCUAUGGUACCGUCGAAGAACUUAAGAAGGAAGUUCAAAGGGUCUUUAAAGAAAUGUAUUGGGGGUUAAGGAGCUUUGUUGUGGAGUUGAUUAUCGGUUUGAAUGCGAAGGAUUCAGAUUUGAUUUUGAAGAUAGUACAAGGUCAGUCUCAAUUUGUUGUGAAAGGAAGAAUAUUAGAUAAAGGGAUUAACAUUGAUGGGAUUUAUGAGGGAAGCAUAGAUAACCAUGUAAUGGAUUGUCCUUGUGGUGCUAAGGAAGAUGAUGGGGAAAGGAUGAUCUCUUGUGAUAUCUGUGAAGUUUGGCAACAUACUCGUUGUGUUCGUAUAGGGAAUAAUGAGGAUGUUCCUCAUAUAUUUCUUUGUAGCCGCUGUGAACAUGACAUUUCCCUUCUCCCCUCCCUUCCAUAG